GGCGCGCACACUCGAGCGGCCGCCGCGCAACGAGCUGCUCGCUUUUAUAUUGAAUUGACCUUAUUUAUCCGAUUUGAUCUUGAGCGAGAGGUCGAUAAACCUUCGCUGCAUAGUGCCAGUGUAAACCCUACGCGCAGUCGGAACCGAAAGCCGGUUUCGCGUUGUUUGUUUUUAUGGAACGAGCGUGACAGUCAACAUGGUAGAAGUGAAGAUUAACGACGAAGUCAAAGUUGGCGGCAACAAUCCGUGCUUCAUCAUAGCGGAAGUCGGACAAAACCACCAAGGAGAUAUUGAAAUAGCAAAAAAGUUAAUAAAAGCAGCUAAGGAUGCAGGUGCCAACUGUGUCAAGUUUCAAAAGACUUGUCUCAAAGAGAAAUUCACAAAGAAAUACUUAGAGCGGCCAUAUGAUAACCCCAAUUCUUGGGGCAAGACUUAUGGCGAACAUAAAAGACAUUUGGAAUUCUCAGAGAGCCAGUACAGAGAAUUAUUCAAAUACGCACAUGAAGUAGGAAUACUAUGCACGGCCUCUGCUAUGGAUAUGGUCUCCUUCGACUUCUUAGUCAACAUGAAGGUACCAUUCAUCAAAAUUGGAUCGGGUGACUCGAACAACUUGUUGUUCUUAAAAUAUGCCGCAUCAAAACAGGUCCCUCUUAUUAUAUCAACGGGAAUGGUUGAUAAGUCUGCGGUGAAAACUAUUUAUGAUAUAAUUUCGGCGCAACACAAGAACUUCUGUCUGCUGCACUGUAUCUCAGCGUAUCCCGUUCCUUAUGAAGACUGCAAUUUGACUGUGAUUCAAGAUUAUAUGAACACGUUUGACAUCCCUAUCGGGUACUCUGGACAGGAGAUCGGCACUGCUGUAGCAUUGGCGUCUGUUGCUUUGGGAGCUAAGGUGUUAGAGAAGCACAUUACCCUGGAGAAGACGAUGAAGGGAACCGACCACGUGUGCUCCCUCACCCCUCCUGAGUUCCAGCAGUUGGUGCGAGAUGUCCGCGUCAUCGAAAACGCACUCGGCACGCCCAUCAAAAAAGUCGUUACUUCAGAGAUCCCCUGCAUUGACAAACUACAGAAAUCGCUCGUGAUGGGCUGCACGAAGAACAAGGGAGAGAUCCUCUACCCUGGCGAUGUCAAAAUCAAAGUAGCUGAGCCCAAAGGCUUGAAUGCCCUACACUUCGAAGAGGUCAUAUACAAAACGUUGGUGUACGACAAGAAGGAAGACGAACCUUUGAACCAAGGCGACUUCUGCUAACAUGCUCAAAGUACAUUUAUAAGAAUAACCAAUAAUUUCUAACGUAACAUAUCAUUGUGUAAGCCUUUGUAUUUCUCUCUUCACAUUUAUAUGACAAGUAUGUAAUUCUACAACAAAUAUUUUUAAGUAUAUUACACCUAGUUCUUAUCUAUCAGCUACACUGGGAUCAACCGUCAGUACCUACCACUGUGUUCAAAGAUAUAACUUCUAAACAAUGUACCGUCCCAAGCACAAUGACAGCAUAAUCAUUCGAAUUUAUUUAACGUCUCAGAGUGUAAAUUAUGUGAAUAUAUCAUAGACUAAGUUAAUAUUACGGUAAAUAGAAAAUAUCCUAACCCCCUACACCUAGUUUAUACAUACCUAUUACAAAAUAUUUUUCUUUAUACCGGAUUUAUUAAAGUUUUACUAUAA